AUGGCGAAAGAAGGCGAGCGGUCAGCUCCCGCCGACAAGGGCAAAGGCAAGGUCGACGAUGUGAAGGACCUGCCCGGGGCGAAGAAGUCCCCGACCGAUGAAAAGCCACAAGCGGAUGGAAAGAAGAAGGAUGAAGAGCCCAAGGAAGAAGAGCUAAACGAGGAGGAUCAGCAACUGAAAAAUGAGCUGGAGAUGCUCGUAGAGAGAUUAAAGGAACCCGAUACCUCCCUUUACGGUCCCGCCUUAGAUGCCAUUAAGAACUUUAUUAAGACCUCAACCUCUUCGAUGACAGCUGUUCCAAAGCCUCUUAAGUUCCUCAGACCACACUACGAUGAGCUUACGGAGCUCUAUGAGAACUGGUCCGCUGGCUCAGUUAAGGACUCCUUGGCCGAUAUGCUUUCAGUUCUCGGAAUGACUUACGGAGACGAGGAGAAACUGGAGACACUGAAGUACCGGCUGUUGACCAAGUCAGAGGACCUUGGUUCCUGGGGCCACGAAUACAUUAGACAUCUGGCCUUGGAAAUCGGCCAAGAAUACCAGAACAGGUUAAACGCUGAGAAGGGUGUACAGGAUUUGAUCGAUCUUUCGCUGUCUCUUGUCCCGUACUUCUUGAGCCAUAAUGCCGAAGCUGAUGCCGUUGAUCUUCUGAGUGAGCUCGAAAUCAUCGAAGAGAUCCCGCGCUUCUUGGACGAGAACACAUACUCAAGAGUCUGUCUAUAUAUGGUUUCCAUGGUCAAUCUCCUCACAUAUCCCGAAGAUCAGCAGUUCCUCCGAACGGCCCACGAAAUCUAUGUCCGCUACAAGGAAUUCACCAAGGCAGUUGUUCUUGCGAUCCGUUUGAACGACACCGAGCUUAUUAAGAGCGAUAUCAAUGCCACUUCGGAUAGGUCACUGAAGAAACAGAUGGCUUUCCUUGUUGCUAGGCAACAAAUAUGGCUGGACAUGCCUGAUGAGGAGGAAGAUCAGUCUUUCAUGGAUUGCCUCAACAAUACCUUAAUCCCCAGUCACUUCAAGUCUCUCGGAAAGGAGCUGAACAUUCUCGACCCCAAGAUGCCAGAAGAUAUUUACAAAACGCACUUGGAAAGCAGCCGCGGGGCUGGUUUGACAAACGUCGACUCUGCGCGCCACAAUCUCGCCAGCGCCUUUGUCAACUCAUUCGCCAACGCUGGAUUUGGAAAUGACAAGAUGAUGCUAGUUGAGGGGGAUAAAGGCCCAUGGGUUUGGAAGACGAAGGACGAUGGCAUGUUGUCGACAACGGCUUCAAUGGGUAUGCUACUGCACAGGGACGUCGAUGUUGGCCUUGAUAAGAUCGAUAAGUUCACGUAUGCUACGGAAGAUCAGAUUAAGGCCGGUGCGCUACUGUCUAUUGGUAUCCUAAACUCGGGUGUCCGUUUGGAUUCCGAUCCUGCUCUGGCGCUCCUGAGCGAUCCCGAUAACCUGGAAGCCAAGAACGUGCCGAUGAGAGUCGCAUCUAUCAUGGGUCUUGGUUUGGCUUAUGCUGGAUCUAAUAAGGAGGAACUCCUCGAUGUUCUGCUCCCAAUUGUCGAGGAUGUGUCGCUUGAUAUGCAACUAUCUGCGAUGGCGGCCGUCUCCUUGGGUUUGAUUUUCGUCGGUUCCUCCAACCAUCAAGUUAGCGAGGCAAUUGCCACGACUCUGAUGGAUGAGGACCGUCAAAAGCAGCUCAAGAACAAGUGGACGCGUUUCAUGGCUCUUGGUCUGGCGCUGCUUUACUUCGGCCGUCAAGAAGAGGUUGAUGUCAUUCUUGAUAUUCUCAAAGCUGUGGACCACCCUAUGGCUAAGCCCACAUCUGUACUUGCCUCCGUUUGCGCGUGGGCUGGAACGGGUACAGUCCUCAAGUUGCAGGAACUCCUUCACAUCUGCAAUGACAUUAUUGAAGAGAGCGAUGAAAACAAGGGCGACGAGCUUGUUCAGUCAUACGCUGUGCUGGGUCUAUCACUAAUUGCUAUGGGUGAGGAAGUCGGUCAAGAUAUGAUUCUUAGACAGUUCGGCCAUUUGAUGCAUUACGGCGCGAGCAACAUCCGGAAGGCCGUUCCCCUUGCUAUGGGUUUGAUUACCCCUAGCAACCCACAGAUGAAGGUGUAUGACACCUUGUCGCGGUACAGCCACGACAACGACAACGAUGUUGCCAUCAAUGCAAUUUUCGCCAUGGGUCUUUGCGGUGCUGGUACCAAUAAUGCUCGUUUGGCACAGCUACUCAGACAAUUGGCCAGCUACUACCACCGUGACCAGAACUCUCUGUUCAUGGUCCGCAUUGCCCAAGGUCUCCUGCAUAUGGGCAAGGGCACCAUGACAUUGAAUCCUUUCCACACAGAUCGCCAGGUCCUCUCUCGUGUCUCGGCUGCCGGUCUACUCACAGUCCUCGUGUCUAUGAUCGACGCCAAACAAUUCAUUCUUGCAGAACAUCACUACCUCCUCUAUUUCCUUAUCACCGCCAUGUAUCCUCGCUUCCUUGUUACACUCGACGAGGACCUACAACCCCUCACCGUGAAUGUGCGAGUGGGACAGGCCGUGGAUGUUGUUGGACAGGCUGGACGUCCUAAGACCAUCACUGGCUGGCAAACACAGAGCACCCCAGUUCUUCUCGCAUACGGUGAAAGAGCAGAGCUUGAAGAUGAGCAGUAUAUCCCUCUCAGCAGCACCCUCGAGGGGUUGGUCAUUUUGCGCAAAAACCCCAACUGGGAAGGGGAGCAGAGCACUGCUUAA